AUGUACAACAUAACUGUCUUCAUCUUCUCCACCCUCAAACACCUGGUAGAAACCCUCCUCACCAUCUCCCCAACGUUCCAAACCCUACACUACUACCUCGUCAAACACCCACGCGUCCACAACUUCGAGUGGCACCAGGGUCAAACCUUCGGCUCCUCCGUCACCUUCCUAACCCUAACCAUCCUCCUCUACCUCACCCUCACCUUCCUCCUCUCCCGCCGCCACACCUCCUCCUCCCCUUCCUCCACCGUCGUCAUCCCUCCCUCCCUCCUCCGCCUCCUCACCGCCGCGCACAACACCUUCCUCCUCUCCCUCUCCGCCGCCAUGGCCCUCGGCUGCACCCUCACCAUCCUCACCACCCUCCCGGACGUCCACAACCUCAUCUGCUUCCCCGUCGGCACCGUCCCAAAAGGUCCGCUCUUCUUCUGGGCCCACGUCUUCUACCUCUCCAAGAUCUACGAGUACGUCGACACCUUGCUCAUCAUCCUCAGCUCCUCCGCCUCCCGCCGCCUCUCCUUCCUCCACGUGUACCACCACGCCACCGUCGUCGUCAUGUGCUACAUCUCCCUCCACACCGCCCAGUCCAUGUACCCGGGGAUCCUCGUCACCAACUCCGCCGUCCACGUCGUCAUGUACCUCUACUACCUCAUGUGCUCGCUCGGGAAGCGCCCCACGUGGAAGAAGCUCGUCACCGACUGCCAGAUCGUCCAGUUCUAUUCGAGCUUCGGGAUCAUGGCGCUCAUCUUCUACUACCAUUUCACCGGCGAGGGUUGCUCCGGGAUCUGGGGGUGGUGCUUCGACUCCGUUUUCAUCGCCUCGUUGCUCUUCUUGUUCCUCGACUUCCACACCAAGACUUACCAAAGCAAGAAAGAGGUGAACGGUGACGGUAACGGGAAUGGAGUUGUUGAUGAUGGUGGUUCUGGUAAGGCAGUGAAGCAAGCUUAG